AUAUAAGUCUGAAGGACGCAAGGAUAAUUUGAUCUUCGUUCUCCUUCCUUUUUUUUCCAUCUAAAUGGAUGAAUAUUCUUUCGGUUAUAUAAGAACAACUUUACGUUCGGCCGGUUGCAAUUUACAACGCGCCGGUGGUAAAGGAACAUGUGACAUCAGCGCAGGAAAAUAUACAACGAUGAAGCUGAAAAUGCACGCGUCCGUGUUGCUUCUGGUUGUAUUGAUAAAUCUCGCGUACACGCGAGAUUUCGAUUACUGUUUCGCGGACGAGAAUGACCCGUACCUGUACAUGGCUACUAAAACCGCCUAUCAUUUCGUUCAUGCCGGCAAAACACGCUUCCAAGACGUACCCAACUGCGAGGCCAAACAAGUUUGGAUGCUAGCCACCCAUGGCACACGCUGCGCGACGAAAAUGGAGAUCAGCGAGAUGCUUUCAUUGACGGAAAUUCAGAAUCAGAUAAUCAACAAUCAUGACACACGAGGCAACGGUCGCAUGUGCGAUAGAGACUUAGAAAACUUGAAGAGAUGGAAGCCGGAUGAUUAUCUUGUACCAGCUAGGGCGGAAGUUUUGACACCGCAGGGUGUGGAAGAUAUGAGAUUGCUCGCGAGACGGUUGCAAAGCAACUUCCCUCACCUUUUGCAAUCGACUCCGGAAAACGUAACGCCAGAGAACUUUAUGUUCAAAACCGCCGGUGGUCGUGACAGCAUGGAGCAGUUCGUAAAGGGUAUCUUCGGAGAUACGGACGCAGUGUUCAUGGAAGAAGUUUCUAUGAACGACACUUUACUCUCCGCUUAUAAAACCUGUAACAUAUGGGACAGCGACUACAACAAUGUUUCUACGGAGGCGGUGAGCAAAUUUGAGGAAGAACCGGAGUUCCAGACGCUUAUACAGAAUAUCAGCCGACGUUUGGGAUUUUUGUACCAUAUUUCUAAACGUUCGAUCCUAACGAUGUACGACAUGUGCCGUUACGAAAAGUCUUGGACAGUGACGAAACUUUCUCCGUGGUGUGCUGUUUUCAACAAAGAAGAGCUCAGCGUGUUGGAAUAUCGCGAGGAUCUCUACUAUUAUUACAAAGCCGGAUAUGGACGUGAAAUCAAUGCACAGCUAGGAUGUACGCUUUUGCAAGACAUGAUGAAUCACUUUUGGAAAGUGGAGAAGGAUCAAGAAAUGACCGAGCCUAAGGGCGUGUUUUACUUCACCGACAUCAUAAGCCUUCAAAAUCUGCUGACCACGCUGAAUAUAAAUAAAGAUCAGACGCACCUGACGGCUUACAAUUACAAGGAUAUGACGAAACGGCAAUGGCGGACGUCGUUUAUAUCGCCUUUCGCCGCGAACCUCAUCGCGGUGCUUUAUAAAUGCGACGGCGAUAGUCAGCCAAACAAGGUUAUGUUUUACUUGGCGGAGAAGCUAGUCAGGCUCGACGGAUGUAACGUGGGGCUGUGCAACUGGGAGCAUUUCAAACAGAAAUUCAACCCGAUUAUCAAUCAGUGCAAUUUAAACGCCUGCUGGAAUGAAAACGGCGUGGCCACCUACGUCCCGAACAUCAUUCUCAUCCUGUUUUCGUGCUUGUCUCUACCCGAGGAACAUGCCAAAUGGGAGAAGGAAUUUAACCGUAAUAUUCGAAAUAGUUGA